AUGGCUGAUUACUCCUCUUUGAAGGUCGCCGACCUGAAAGUGGAGCUCAAGAAGCGCGGCAUCCCCCAGACCGGGCUUCGCCUUAAACAGCACUUCAUCGACAAGCUACUUGAAGAGGAUGCCAAAGGCCAAACGAGCGAGGCUGCUCCCGAAGCUGAAGCCGCAGAGCCCGAAGUCGCAAAGCCAGAAGCCGCCGAGUCUUCAACUAUCAAGCCCGAAUCGCAGCUAGAAUCCACAGAACCCGCUUCCCAGGCGCAAGAGCCGCCAAUCGAAGAGCCAGACCUCGAAGAAACACAAACCGAAGAACCUAAGGGACCAGAAGGGCCGGUGACAGAAGAGACCAAGUUUUCACAAGCCACUCCUUUGAUUGAUACCACUCACGAAGAAACGAAUGUACCUAGCCCACCCACGCCCAAGCAAGCAACGGAAAAUGAAGAACCUGCAGAAUCUGAGAACCAGACGCCAGCUGCUCCUACUGAGCCAUCUGUUGAAGCGACCAAGGAGGCUGCCGAAUCUGAUCCAGUUGAGCAGGCACCUGGCAUCGCCGAUCAAAUCGAUCGGGCUGAUUUCGCGAUAUCUGCUGAGAAAGCUAGACUCUCGGCGCCUCUGAUCUCGGAGGCAAACACAGAACUUUCUACACCACUUCCAAUCGAAGAGGCUCUGGAGGAUAAAAGAAAGCGUAAGCGCCGCAGUCAGAGCCCCGUUCCAACACCAGGGGCAGUUGCGAACAAGAAGGCCCGGGCCAAAGAUGACAGCUCCCAAUCUGCCUCUUUAGACGACAAAUUUUUUGUUCCCCGAGAGGAAAGCACAAGUGCGCAAGAGAUGCCAGAGGUACAGAUAAAAGAGGCUCCAGUGCCGGCGAAGGAUGCCCGGUUUAAGGGUCUAUUCGCUCCCACCGAGCCAGACCAUGCUCCCUCCAAGGACGUUAUUAUGGAAGAUGCCGACGUGGAGCCUGCACGGCAUCCCGCAACCGCCUCUCUCUACAUUGACGGGCUCAUGCGUCCUCUCCAGCCUCUUGCAUUGCGCAAGCACCUGAUCAGCGUCGCGUCUCCUUCGGGCGCAUCCCCAAACCCGGACGUCGUUCAACAAUUUUUCCUCGACUCCAUCAAAACGCACUGCUUCGUCCAGUUCAGUGACAUUGCCGCAGCAACACGUGUGCGCUCCGCACUUCACGGAAGAGUGUGGCCUGAUGAGCGGAAUCGCAAGAACCUCUGGGUGGAUUUUAUCCCCGACCAAAAGGUUCAAGAAUGGAUUCGUACUGAAGAGGCUUCGCAGGACCGGGCCGGUCCCCCGGUGCGCUGGGAAGUCGCAUACGAGACAACCGACGAUGUGACAACGGCUAGCCUGACUGAAGCUGGAGCAAACCACCCGGCUCCAUCGCGACCUCGCGAACCUGGCUUUACCCGUACACCGCCGCUAGGACCGCGCGGCAGUCACGGUCAGAUUGAGCGCGCUUCCAACGCCCCGCCCCCAGCACGAGCCGGACAGGGCUUCAAACCCUUGGACGAACUUUUCAAAUCCACUACAGCCAAACCCAAGCUCUACUAUCUCCCCGUUCCACGGCCGAUUGCUGACAAGCGUUUGGACCAAUUUGACGAGUUGCUACGGAAAGGAGAAUUCCCACGCCGCGGCGGAGACGAGAUGCGCCGGAUCACUUUUGAAGACAAGGACUAUUUUGUCGAUGUUGGCCCGGAAUAUGGAGCGGCGGCUCUGCAGCGACGUCAGGACCGUGGUGGACGAGGGCGUGGUCGUCGACCCUAA